UACCAAGCCAUUAAAGCGUCGCUUGAGCAGAGCAUUGAGAAGUCGUUCCAAGGGAUCCGCUCCGCGGCCUUGGGCGCCUCGUUUCUGAAAGCAUCUCCUUCGCGGGAGCCGACCGUGCAUGUAAUGGUUGACUCCACGGGCAAGGGCAAGAAGGUUGACAUGGCAC